AUGGAUAAUGAAAAAAGAUUUAAAUUUGUGUGGAACCGAGAGAGUAUUAUUGCUUUAAUAGAGCUAUAUCGAACACAUUCUGUGCUUUAUAAGACUAACGAUCCUCAGUACCAUAACAAAACUAAAAGGCAAGAAUCUUUGGAGUCAAUCCGAAUGGAAUUAAAUGAAUUGAGUGAGUUUAUAUCCAGGCAGUGUCUUGAAAUAAAUGACAUUAAAGUUAAAAUACAUACUCUCAGAACCCAGUUCUUUAAAGAAUAUAAUAAAUCAAAGAACACAUCAAGUGGAGCAGGGACUAGUGAAGUAAUAAAACCAAAGCUGUGGUGUUUUGACUUAUUAAAGUUUCUGGUGGAAAGCGAGACAUUGACACAAAGUGUGUCUAAUUUAGAAGAAUCUCAGUUCGAGCAAAGUACCCAAAGCCAAAUAGAGAUUGAGUAUGAAGAUGGGACAGUAUACGAAGGAGGUAUUGAAGAUUUAUCUCAGAAUGUAACUGGUGAAACAAAUAAAUCUGAAGUGUCUGAAACAAUUAAAAUAAUUAAUGGACCUGGGCCGACGGAAGAAACCCCAAAACAUGAAAAAACUUCUAUUCAUAAAGAAGUUGCCAGGUUUAUUAGUAAAGCUACAACUAUGCUGUCAGAGAAAAAAGAAAAUGUAGCUCCAUCAGAUGAUAUUGAAGCUUUUAGCAGGUAUGAUGACUAUUUAGAUUUCAUUAAAUUUCUUUAAAAUGUUUUUAGGACCAUUGCACAUGAGCUAAGAAAAAUUAAAAAAACUGAGAUCCUAAGGGGAAUUAAAAGAAAAAUAUUUUCAGAUAUUAUGGAUGCACAGGAUGCAGACAAUUAAGGGAAUUUGAAGGUGAAUUAAGG